CCCAACCUCGUACAUCACAACCAUUACACGCGCACAUUACCCUUUCUCUCUCUCCCUCUCUCUCAUCUUCUCUGUCUAUCUCUUUCAUUCUCUCUCUUUGUCAGUCACUCAAACACAUUGUCUAAUCAUUCCAUUGUCGUUGGACGACGCGACGAAUGCGGCUGCUUUCCGUUCCGAUUUGGAGAAAUUUUCCUGUGUAUUUGUCAGUUUGAGACGUCAAGAAUAUUAAAUUACUUCUGGAUUUUUUGUAAAUUAAAAAAAAAAGGUGUGUUACUUUUAGCAAUGAGAUGAAUGACGUUUUCUUCUCCAUAAUUUUUGGCUUCUUCAAGGCCAUUGUUCAUCUCUAUGGUGUGGUGACAUUCAUUCCAUACUAUCUAGUGUGCAAGCCUGCAGAGAAGUUAAAGGCUUCCAGCAGGAUCAAGGCUAGAUCAGUCCAUGGCACACCUGACUCUCCUUACCGAUCUGUGGAUUGUCCUGGUGGAGAGUUGACAACAGCUUUGUUUCAGGAUGAGUGUGUCACUGUUGACGAUUUGUUCUGUCGAGCUGUGAAGCUUUAUGGACCAAGACCAUGUCUAGGAACACGCGAAGUCCUCAGUGUCGAGGACGAGGUGCAACAGAAUGGGAGAGUUUUCAAGAAGUUGAUUAUGGGGGAGUACAACUUCUCCACCUUCAACAAAGUUUCCGAGCAGAUCCAUUGCUUGGGCCGUGGUCUACUUGAACUAGGACUCAAACCGAGGGACCACGUUUUGAUCUUCUCAGAAACUCGAGCUGAAUGGAUGAUCAUCGCACAGAUGUGCUUGGCAUAUAAUUUUCCAUUGGUCACUCUUUAUUCUACGUUGGGAGAAAAAGCAAUCGUACAUGGGAUCAAUGAAUCUGAAGUGAAUGUGGUUUUCACCAGUGCUACUUUGUUACCAAAAGUGAAAAAUGUCCUGUCUCGUGUCAGCAAAGUUAAUCGACUCGUGUAUAUGGCUGACCAGAAAAAGAUACCUUCACAUGAUAUCUCGCCUUCUGUCAGUAUAAACAGUUUGUCGGAAGUAAUAGAUAUAGGGUCCAAGGUUUCUCCCAAUGAUUCCAAGCCUUUGAAACCUCAAAAGAAUGACAUUGCUGUGAUGAUGUAUACAAGUGGCUCAACAGGGAGACCAAAAGGUGUUUUAAUUAGUCAUGCUAAUUUAAUGGCAGGAAUGUCGGGUCAGUGUUCUAGAAUACCAAAUUUAGGGCCUCAUGACACAUAUAUAGGAUAUUUGCCUUUGGCACAUGUUUUGGAGUUUACUGCUGAAUUAUCUUGUUUGGCACAUGGCACCUGCAUUGGUUACUCCUCAGCUUUGACAUUGACAGACAAGUCAAGUAAAAUCAAGCGAGGUUGCCAAGGUGAUGCUAGUAAACUGAAGCCAACGUUAAUGGCAGCUGUACCAUUGAUUAUGGACCGGCUAUAUAAAAGUGUCUGGGAUAAUAUCAAUUCUCAGGGGAAAUUGACAAAGGCCAUAUUUGAAUUUGCUUAUACUUACAAAAGACACAGCAUAGAUAAUGGCUAUGAUACCCUGAUAUUCAAUAGGAUUUUCUUCAAAAAAGUGCAAGCAAUUCUAGGCGGUAAUGUGCGUUUGAUGCUGAGUGGUGGUGCUCCAUUGUCUGAAGCUACACAGAAGUUUAUGAAUAUUUGUUUUUGUUGCCCUGUUGGUCAAGGUUAUGGCCUUACUGAGACCUGUGGCGCUGGGACUAUCACUGAAGUUACUGAUUUAAGUGUCGGUUCUGUUGGUGCUCCAUUGACAUGCUGUGAGAUAAAACUGCGGGAUUGGCCAGAAGGUGGAUAUCUAGCGAGUGACAAACCUAAUCCACGUGGUGAGAUCCUUGUUGGUGGAGGUAACAUAGCUCAAGGCUACUAUAAAUAUGAAGAGAAGACAAAGGAAGAUUUCAUCACUAUAAACGGUGUGAAUUAUUUCUGCACUGGAGAUAUUGGAGAGUUCAAACCUGAUGGAUCUCUUAAAGUUAUUGACCGCAAGAAAGAUCUUGUUAAAUUGCAAGCUGGAGAAUAUGUUUCUCUGAGCAAAGUUGAAACCAUUCUAAAGAUGUCGUCUCUUGUGGAUCAGAUAUGUGUGUAUGCCAAUAGUUUCCAUAACUUCAUUGUGUGCCUAAUAGUACCGAAUCAGAAAAACCUUUGUAAAGUUGCCAGUGAAAUAGGUCUUAAUGGUAUGAACUUUAAGGACCUCUGUAAAGAACCUAAAUUGUUGAAAGAAGUACAGAAGAUAAUUCAUGAUUUUGGCAUCAAGUCAUCUCUUGAACGUUGUGAAAUUCCAACCAAGAUUUGUCUUUGUCCCGAUUCCUGGAUGCCUGACUCAGGGCUUGUUACCGAUGCAUUCAAGUUAAAACGUAAAAACCUUGAGGAGAAAUUCCAGACUGAAAUAAAUGCCAUGUAUGGUUCUUCAUGAGUCCCUUCAUAAAUACUGAAAAAAAAAAAAAAAUUAAAACCUUCAAAAUGCGAAACGAAGCAAAAAAAAAAUUAAUAAAAUAAAAUAAAAACCCAAAAACAAAGGUAAAAAGCCAAUAACAAAACCAAGCUAACAGUGAUUUUAUUCAAAUUAGUGCUCC